CCUACCUGUGAGCAUGAUCUACAGUCAACUCUUCCCCGUGUGUCUUGUUACAGAAUCAGACAUUAGUUGACGAGAAUGUGCUGUUGAUCAUCAGACAGGAGCGCACAUUCUCUAGUGACUGAAUGCGCUCUCGGAAGGCAUCUGUCGCUGGAGACUCUCUCCAGGAGGAAACGCACCGCAACAGGCUCUGAACGCGGACAUGGGUGUUCCUGCACACAUGCAUUUCCACGCAAUUCUGUUCCCGGCUUAAUAAUUUCGACACCGAUCGUACCGUGGCCAACACUCGAACCUUCGUGUUUUUCUUUUUCUUGCGACCCUUCACAACUUUGCGUGUGGAGAAAAGAAGGCACUUUUCCGGUUUUUGUUGUGUGGAUUAUAGUGCCUGAAUGAGCAGCAAUGGUUUCCAGGAGCGCGCCCUGUCCUCCUACCUCCAGGAAACACAGUCAAACGGCUCCUGCUCCGACAAAGCGUACCAAUUUUAUGAUUUAACAGAACCAAAACAAAAGGGAGAUAUGAGCAAUCACAAGGGCGGCGGGAUGGCUGCGAAGGAAAGGCUGUAUGAGCUGUGGAUGUUAUACAACACAAAGAAAGACGUGGGCUGCCUGCAACAGUGGCUGGAGGCGUUCGUGGAGUCCUUUGAGAUGCUCAUUGAUGUGGAUUCACUGGAGCCUCGAAGGCCGGAGGAGUGCAGCUCCGAGGUGCCCUCGCUCCCCACGGAGGUCAUGGUGUUCCUCGGCAGCCAGCUACGGCAGAGUGCAGAGCGCCUCUCAGAGGCCGCUGACCCCACCGGCAUCACCCCUGACCCCCUGCUCCUCAUCAAGUUCUUCAUCAUUAUCUGCAGGAAUAUGGAGAACAUCGACCAAGAAAAGACCCCUGAUUAUGUUUUCGAAACCAUCAAGCUGUUGAAUUUCUGUUUGGACCAGCUUAAGAAGGGACAAGGGGAGCCGUCCUCUCUGCACAUGCUUGUGCAGUAUGGACUCGUGCUGUGUGAAAGCCUCUUUGACCCUUAUCAAACGUGGAGGAGACACCUGGCUGGGGAGGUGGUGAGCUCGCUGGAGAAGAACAAAUAUAAGUUCUCCCCGCUGGCCUUGCCAGAGGAAAUGCCUGCUCUUUUUCAUGAAAGUCUCCAGAAUAGCAAGCAGAUCCCAGAGCACCUCACUGUCCGAUUGGUUCAUCUCCAAGGUGCUGUUAUCAGUGGAGGAAAGAAGAAUGGCCUUCGUUCCAUCACCCCUCACUCUGUUGAUGACCUGUUCUCUGUUCUGCGUGCUUGGUGCUACCGGACCUCCCCCGAAACCAAGAGCACAAGGCUCCCGAGGCUAACCCUGCAGUGCCUGACCGCGAUCAUCCACCUGCUGCACUCCAGCAGUCCUGCCGAGCGUCAGGUGGAGAUCAAGACCAUCCUGGAGAGCUACUUCCAGCUCCUCAACUGGAACCGUCCACUGAUCAGCGAGCAGCUGGAGAGUCAGAGCUGGGAGGACAGUCUGAUCUCUCUGCAGAGACAAAUGCUAACUGCUGUUCCGGAGAUUCUGCAGUGCUCUGACAGGCCAGUCUUGCAGGCUGUGUUCCUCAACAACAACUGCUUUGAGCACAUACUCAGGCUUGUUCAGAACAGCAAGCUCUUUCAGAGCACCAUGCAUAGCCUGGAGCGAGAGGUUGUGUCUGACCCCAUGACUACAUGUUUACUCUCAGAGGUCGAAGUGGACCAGGUUUUGGUGAAAGCAUCGGACAGUAUUACAGUUCAUGCUCUAGGAGUCCUCACAGCUAUAAUGAGUAACUCGCCCUCUGCUAAGGAGGUUUUCAAGGAGAGGAUUGGUUACUCCCAGCUGUUUGAUGUGUUGAAGAGUCAAGGUCAACCCACCAAAAGGCUCCUGCAGGAGCUGAUGAACAUGGCAGUGGAAGGCGAGCAUGCCCAUGCCCAUCACCUUGGCAUUAGUAACGAGCAGCCUUUGCUGCUCCUUCUGCAGUGGCUGCCUGACCUGUCGGGUCAGAGGGACCUUCAGCUGCUGGUGGCCCAAUGGCUGGCUAUGGUCUGUGGUGGCUCCUUGUCCUGUCGCACUGUGGCCGUGGAGGCGGACAUGGUGGGGGCUCUGCUGCAGGUGCUUUCACAGCCCCAGAAUCUCGACAGGCAGUCUGCAGACACCCUGCUGGGCCUCCUGAAGGACCUGGGCUCCCUGUGUCUGAGACCUGAAGAGCUGAAGAGCCUACUCGGACUGCUCAGGGUCGAUCAGGGCAACGGCGUAGUAGCGGGUAAGGUGCACCCUUACUGCGCCCGUGUCAUACAGGUUCUCUCGGCCAUAGCGGCCAGAGACGGCCAGGACAGUGCCUUGCAGUACUUUGAUCUUACGCCCCCCAUGGCUGGCAUCAUGGUGCCCACGGUCCAACGCUGGCCAGGUAGCGGUUUUGCCUUUCACGCCUGGCUCUGCCUUAACAUGGAGUUCUCCAACAACCGCAAACCUUUUGCCACCCCGAGCACAGGGGCUCAGCAUGACAUGGGGAAGGGGCCACGCAGGAAGCAGCUCUACAGUUUCUUCACAGCAAGUGGAACUGGGUUGGAGGCUUUCUUCACCAUGGAGGGAAUACUGGUGGUGGCUGUUUGCACAAAAAAAGAAUACAUGGCUGUCACGCUGCCAGAGCACCCAUUAGUCGACUCCUGCUGGCAUUCGGUGGCUAUAGUCCACAUCCCGGGCCGUCGUCCAUUUGGUCAGAACCUGGUCACCAUCUACAUCGAUGGAGAGCAGCGUAAAACUGCUCAGCUUCGCUUUCCAUCUUUCAGUGAGCCUUUCACCUCCUGCUGCAUCGGAUCUGCAGGCCACCGGACCACGACCACCACUACUUCCCCCAAUCUGCCCACAUCCUCGUCCUCCAACCCGUCGGCUGAGUUUGCCUUCCCUGACCUCGGCCAUUCCUUUAGCCGUUCCCAGUCCUUCCCGGCCACCUUUGCCGCAGGCCGGCGGGGUGCUUUGGGAGACGCCCCGGUGCACACCAUCCCAGCAGGCCUGCAAGACACAGAGUGGGGAACACCCACGUCUCUAGAUGGGCUCCUGGGCACUGCCUUCAUCUGUCACGAGGCUCUGCAGCAGACGCAGACAAAGGUUCUGCACGCUGCAGGCCCCAAUCACGUGUCUCUAUUCAAAGCAGAAGGAGAGUUGUCUGAUCUUAACAGCAAGCUUUUGCUCUACUACACUCCACAGGCCUUCAAGGGUCAGAUAUGUCUGGACCUGUCGCCCAAUCACCAAUAUGAUGGCAGGUUUACAGGACACAGGGUUGUGAACUGGGACCUCAAGGAUGUUGUAAACGUGAUGGGAGGUAUAGGGGUUCUGCUGCCCUUGCUUGAGCAGGUAUGUGAGGCUGAGCAGGUCCACAGUGGCAGUCAGGAGCGGUCCAAUCUGCCGGGUCCAGAGCCCACCACCCCCAGAAGCCCUGCUGCUAUGCUGCUGCCUCUAAACAAGUCCGCAGAGCAAAGACUAGAGAGAAACAGCAUCGCUGCCUUCCUGCUGAUGGUGAAAAACAUGAUUCAUCAUCACCCCGUCAAUCAGGAGAGCCUGCUGCACUGCCAUGGGCCGAGCACGAUAGGAGCCAUGCUCAGCAAAGUUCCUGCCAGCAUGAUAGACAUGAACGUUUUAAUGGCCUGUCAGCUGCUGCUGGAGCAGGUUUUUGACGAGGGAAACAGCCCACUUCUACAGCAACUAUACCACCACCUUCUAUUUGAUUUCCGUAUCUGGACUAAAAGCCAUUUCUCUGUUUCUCUGGCCCACGUGCAGUACCUGGGCUCUGUGAUAAACAAAGGCAAGCAGCGCAUGAAGAGGAAGUACGGCGUCCAGUACAUACUGGAUACCAUUCGCACAUUCUACAGUGUGGACAAAGAUGGCAGCAGCCUGUCUGAGGAGAAGCAGACUAUUCAAACCUCUCUGUUCGCCUUGCUGAAAGACUUUCUCAAGUCUCCUACGCCAGAGGACCUCCACAGUGUCCUCGCCUUCAUUCUGACUGUCGGAGAGGAGAAGCAGGCUGUGAGGGCCUUGGAUGUGCUCUAUGAACUUUUGAGGAGCAGCCCUCCCCGUGAGCAGGUGCAGGCCUCGCUGCUGGACUGGGGCGUGGAGCAACUCUACGGUGUGCUGCUCACGCCGACUUUCGGAGACGAGGCCCGAGAGAGGGUAUUCAGGGUUUUAUACAAAAUCCUCAAAAGCGAGCGUGUUCCUGAGCGCAACAAGCACCGCAUCAAACUGAAAGAUUACGGUUAUCUCGGCCUGGUUUGUCUUCUUGAUGAGAUUCCGGUAACCAUGACCACCGUGCGAUGUCUGUACGAGCAAGUCCUUGCUACAGAUGCAACUCCCAACUUCCGAGAUCUCCUGGCUGUGGUCUGUCUAUCCCAUCGAGCCGAGCUCUCUGUCCGCCUGGACGUCUGCCGCAAGCUCUUUCAUCUGAUCUACUCCAACGAGGAUUACGUGAAGCAGCUGGCAAGGCAGCCCGGGUGGCAGGACGUUUUGACCAAGCUCUAUGUGAAAGAGUUCUACGAGUCCCACGCUGCCAGCAUCGCGGGCUCCAGCACCCACAGCUCCUUCGAACCCAGCUGCCGCCCGCCGCUGCGCAGGGAUCAGGCUCUGGCGAUGGAGGACGCGGACGACUUCCCCAGCUACCGCACUUCGCAGGACAUCGAGGACAACAAAGAGGACGAAGGCGGCCGGCGGGACGCCUCCGAGGGAUUCUCCGAUCUGUCCCAGUCGCCUCCGGGUGGAGGCGGAGGUCCGCUCAAGGCCUCCAGCGGCUCGUUUGAUUCGGCGGACCAAGGGAGUCCCUCGUUCUCGACCUCCAACGCCGUCGAUAUCAUCAAACGGGCCCGGGACGAGGACGGGAGAGACUACCAGCCCCAGUCCCCCUUUAGUAACCCGUUUUAUUUGGAGCUAGGGAGCAUGGGAGAGAGUGGCACUCACACUCCUACAGGGAGCAGUCUGACAAACACGCCAUCUCCUCUCGAGCACGGCAAACCUUUUCCUCUCGCCAGACCCAGGAAGAGCUCCAGUCUGUCCAACGUGCUGGAUGACACCAGUUAUGGGACCGACCCUCCAACUGGAGACACAAUCUCCAAUACGUCCAACCCACAGCAGACCCCUGAGGAAGAGCUGUGCAACCUGCUCACCAACAUCGUCUUCUCCGUGCUGUGGAGCCGCAACGGGGCGGAAACGACGGAGGACGUGGUGUGGCGGGAGAGGGGACAGGUGUUUUCUGUUCUCACCAAACUGGGCUCGUCCUGCCAACUGGUCCGCCCUCCCGACGACGUCAAACGCAGUCUGUUAGAGAUGAUGCUGGAGUCGUCUCUCUCAGACCUGAGGGAGGCCCAGGGAGUGUUCCUGCCUUUCUGUCCCAGUUUGGUUCGGCUUCUCAGGCUGCUGCAGGACUUCCUCUUCUCCGAGGGUACAGACGACCAAACGUUGUGGAGUGAAAAGAUCUUUGAAGGGGUGGUGAACCUGCUGGACAAGUUGAAGGCAUGGCAUAGCACCCCUGGCAGCCCUGGGAACAUCGAACUGAAGGAAAUGGCCCAGAUCGGCCUGCGUAUCAUCACUGGAUACAUCAAGCAGCAGCACUCACAGGUGUGUGUGAUGGCCUACGUGAAGCUCCACAGCCUCCUGCAGACGGUCAUGUGUCUGAGCUGGGAGGAGGUGUGCUUCCUGCUCGGGCAGCUGGGCGCCCCCCUGUGGCCAAAAGGUGUAGUGGACAGCACCGGCAGUGGAAAGGACGAGAUUUUCUCCCAGCUUGUGCCCGUCGUGCGCACACUGCUCGACCAGCACGCCGACCACAGCACUCUCCAAAAGCUGCUCCCCAACCUGCCUGUGACGAACGGCAGCCCCACCUUCGCCCAGGACCUGAAGGCUUACUGCCACACGCUGGAGUGGCAAGGCUUUUUCCAGCACCAGGUUGAGCCGACCAUGGAGCAGUACGAGCUGGACACGUUUGGGAGAUGUCACGACAUCAUGUCAAAUUUCUGGAAUUCGUGCUUUGAUGACCUGAUGGUUACAGCCAUUAAACGGGAAAAAGAAAGAACAGACAGCAAGUCCAAGUUUCAGGAAGUGGUCAUGGACCCCUACAUGAAGCGAGUCCGAAUUGAGAACAACAGGUACCUAAGUUGUCAGAAGCAGAGCUCCAGUCAGCAGGGGGUGGUGUGGCAGCACUGGAAGGCGCUCCGCAGGCUUUUGACUAGUGAGAGAGGAGCAUGGGCCAACAGAGUUCAACCAGAGGUGAAAUUGAAGCUGUCCAAUGCAGAGACUUAUUCGAAAAUGCGUCUCAAACUCGUGCCCAACUACAACUAUGAUCCUCACAGUGAGGCCAGUGCCCUGAGGGACAACAUGGGAGCCGACAGCCCUCGCAGCUCUGAACCGCUCCCACUGGCCGUCGCAAAGGAAGCAAAAGUAAGCGACAUGGAGGAUGACCAGUUAGGAGAAGAAGACCUUGUCUUUUUGGAUAACAAGGUGGAGGGAGAAGAUGAGAACCAGAAAGAAAAACUGGUUCUCUCUGAAGACUGUGAGCUCAUCACUAUUGUGGCUGUUGUUACGGGUCGUCUGGAGGUCACCACCCACCAUUUGUACUUCUAUGAUGGCAGCAGUGAGAAAGAAGAGACUGAGGAAGGAAUCGGGUUUGAUUUCAAGAGGCCGCUGUCUCAGCUCAGAGAAGUGCACUUGAGGCGCUACAACCUGCGACGAUCCGCCCUGGAGCUGUUCUUCAUAGACCAGUCUCAUUACUUCAUUAACUUCAAGAAAAAGGUACGGAACAAAGUGUACUCUAGGAUCCUGGGACUGCGGCCCCCCAACCUGUUUUACUUUGGGUCACGCUCCCCCCAAGAGCUACUGAAGGCAUCUGGACUCACACAGAAAUGGGUAUGCAGAGAAAUCUCCAAUUUCGAGUACUUGAUGCAACUGAACACCAUUUCUGGGCGCACUUACAACGACCUAUCUCAGUAUCCUGUGUUCCCCUGGAUCUUGAGUGACUAUACCUCUCCCAUUCUGGAUCUAGAGGACCCCUCAGUUUUCAGAGACCUGUCCAAACCCGUAGGUGUGGUCAACCCCCGCCAUGCACAGAAUGUCAGAGAAAAAUAUGAGAGCUUUGAGGACCCAACAGGCACCGUUGACAAAUUCCACUACGGCACACACUAUUCUAAUGCAGCAGGAGUCAUGCACUACAUGAUCCGCAUGGAGCCGUUCACAACGUUGCACAUCCAACUGCAGAGCGGCAGGUUUGACUGCGCAGACCGACAGUUCCACUCGGUGGCGGCAGCCUGGCAGGCUCGCAUGGAGAGUCCAGCCGACGUCAAAGAGCUCAUCCCAGAGUUCUUCUACUUCCCCGAAUUCCUGCAGAACAUGAACGGUUUCGACUUGGGACAUUUGCAGAUAACUCAGGGCUCACUAACGGAUGUUCUGCUGCCCCGCUGGGCGUCAUCAAGGGAAGACUUCAUCAAGCAACACAGGAAGGCCCUGGAGUGCGAGCAUGUGUCCAGUCACCUCCACGAGUGGAUUGACCUGAUCUUUGGUUACAAGCAGAGAGGCGAGGAGGCGGUGAAGGCCCUCAAUGUCUUCUACUACUGCACUUAUGAGGGCGCGGUAGAUUUGGAUGCAAUUGCCAAUGAGACCGAGCGCAAGGCCCUGGAAGGCAUCAUCAGCAACUUUGGACAGACUCCCUGUCAGCUCCUGAAGGAGCCUCACCCUCCCCGUAUGUCGGCUCAGAACGCAUCUAGGCGGCUGGCCCGCCUGGACACUGUGCCUCCCAAUAUCUUUGAGCAGCUCGACAAACUCCGGCCAUUUGUGGAGGUGGUAAGCGAUGGUCUUCCUCUGGUCCAGGCGGUGGUACCAAAGAGCCAGAAUCGCUCUUUCAUCAUUCAGGGCUCGGAUAUACUGGUGACUGUGAGUGCAAACGGGUUGAUAGGGACACACAGCUGGCUGCCCUACGACAAGAACUUUGCCAACUACUUCACCUUCACCAAGGACCCCACCAUGACUAAUCCCAAAACGCAGCGGUUCCUGAGCGGACCUUUUGCUCCCGGGGUGGAGAUCAGCGCUCAGGUGCUGGUGGUGUCCAACGACGGCCGCCUGCUGUUCAGCGGAGGACAUUGGGACUGCAGCCUCCGUGUCACCCAGCUGGGGAAGGGCAAACUGGUGGGCAGGAUCUGCCGGCACAUUGACGUUGUUACUUGCUUGGCUCUGGAUCUCUGUGGCAUCUACCUCAUCUCCGGCUCAAGGGACACAUCCUGUAUGGUUUGGCAGGUUCUUCAGCAGGGAGGCUUCUCCAGCGGUCUGUCUCCUCGGCCAGUGCAGAUCCUCUGUGGACACGACCAAGAGGUCACCUGUGUGGCCAUCAGCACUGAACUGGACAUGGCUGUCUCAGGGUCGAAGGAUGGGACUGUGAUAGUGCACACUGUUCGACGAGGCGAGUUCCUGCGCACGCUACGGCCUCCCGGUGAAAGCUGUGUACCUGCUAAAAUCUCUGAGCUCCAGGUGGGCAUGGAGGGCCACAUCGUUGUACAGACCUCGCUGGAGGAAGGCGCUCAUAGAAAGGGCAAGUACUCCGUUCAUGUUUACUCGGUAAACUGCGGCCUGCUGUCCUCCUUCGCCGUGGAGGAGAAGGUGACUGCUCUCCACCUGGUGGCUGAACACGUCAUCCUCGGGACCGUGGGCGGCAGCCUCCACAUACGAGACCUGUGCAGUCUGAAGGCCGCGGUCACGCCCCUGGCCUUGAAGGUUCCCGUGAGGAGUGUGUCCGUCACCAAAGAGUGCAGCCACAUCCUGGUGGGACUUGAGGACGGGAAGCUAAUUGUGGUGGGGGCAGGGAAGCCAGAAGAGGUUCGCUCAGGACAACUCACCAAACGCAUCUGGGGCUCAACGCGCCGGAUCUCUCAGGUGUCUUCAGGUGGAACAGAGUAUAAUCCCACGGGGAACGCUGGUCAAUGAGAUGAGCAAUGGUGGAGGACUCUGUAGGUGGCAGAUACCUCAACAGCGGCCUUUGUUCCCUUUACAAGCGGAGAAACGAUCCUCCUCAGCCACUGAUUCUCUGAGAGAACCACUAUACACUGUGCACUUUUCAAAAAAUUCUUAAAUGGUUUUUAUAUUUUAUUGUGUAUUUCAUCUACUGCUGUGUACUGUUUUUAAUCAGCAUCAUUCCAAAGAGUGGCCUUCGUGUUUGUGUGGAUGCAGGAGAGCUUAGUUUUGUGAACCGCUGUUGACCAGUGAGUCAUAUUUCGUGGGUGUGACUCAUGCAGCAUCAGACACAAAGAGAAGCAGGGAUGUGAACUAUCCAGGCUCCAUGUUUUUAACAUUCUUAAUUAUUAUUUUUUGUCAGAGGAACAGCUGUCAUCCCUGUACUUUGUUGUCUUAAACCCAUUGUCUUAGCAAUGGCACCUUUUUUAAAAACUCCUGAAAACUUGAAACUGCUGUAUGUGUUGCUUGAGAUUUCCACAUUGCAAUACUGGUAUAUGGCACAUGGGGGUUGAUUUAGUGAAAGAAAGAUACAGAGGCCCGACUGGUCACUAAAGGGGGCCGAUGCCGUAUUGUGAUCUUAAGCGAUUUGAUGAUCCUCUCGGAAGUGCACUGACAUUAUACGCAUUAUAAAACUGUUACAAUUAAAGCAAUAACGGCUUUAAAGGUCAAGGAUGUGAACCAUAUUCACUUUUUUUUUUUAUUACAACUGUGGAGCUUGGUUGCAAUGAAACUUUUGAAGAGUGCCUUCACUUAUCCAUGUUUAAUUAAUCAGAAAGUGCCUUUUUAGCUUGUGUCUUCAGCCAUCUAUAAACACUGAACUCCAAUCAUCUAUUUCUAUGUAAGAUCACUAUGUCACUAUGUCAGACUGUGCCCGUGCUGAUUUGGUUUAAACACACCUAAUGCUCUAUACAACUCGGAUGUGGAUAAAGUGUUGUAAAUGAACAUAAAGGCUCGCCUGGGAGCACAUGCUUGCCUGCACUUGUAUCGUACUGUUUUCUGAAGGGCUGAAACAUCUGAACACGACGAUGACUCUGAAACACGUGAGCAUACAGUAAGUCUGUGAGUGAGCUGCAGAGGUAUUCACCUCCCGCCAGCUUCUUUUAUGUGGUUGGAACAGAGUCUUUGUUUUACGGCGUCAUGGCGGUGUGGAGAUUAAAGGGCCUGUUUGGGAGAACGCAAUGCCCAUAAUCAUGGUGCGAACAUACAUGCAGUCUUUGCAAGGAAUUCUCAAAAUAACCAUAGGUGUCAGAGAGUGGAGUAUAUGUUUAACGGGCUGUUGCUUAUCAGCUCAUCUGCUUUCCACUCUGGAAAUACACAAAGUUACGACAUUCAGGCUGUCUAAAAUCACACUUCACUCAAAUUGCACGAGAUGCGAUAAGAUGAAACAUAUACAGAACUGUUUGUAUAAGCAGCUCAAGCAAACAUUUGAUCAUUUGUUAUUGUGCAUAAUGCUGUAAAUUCAUCACGCUGCUCCAGUUUACACUUUGUUUUUAUUAAUGUUUCACUUCAUUACGCGGAAAAGUGGGUACUUUUAUGAGUCAAGCAUUGUGGCUUAAAAAUGAUUACAGUCCUCCAUCAAAACAAUAAAUUGAAUUUGUGGUCUU